AUCUGUCACCCAGGAUUCUCAACUAGGCAGGUUGAGGGGCUCCAGGGUAAGUGUUUGAUAUGGAGGAAAGUGGCUUUUCACUUUCCUCCUUUGUUUGUAAGGUCUGUUUUGGGAUCUGGAGCCUGGAGAUUUCAAAGAGAUCUGGGAGGGAUGAAAUCUCCAAUCCUGGCACCAGGUUUUGGGAAUGGCCAGGAGACUGAUUGCACAGGUGUGUGCAGGCCUUUUCAGAGAGUCAAGAUCAGAGUUCUGGGCUCCACCCUGGCAGAUAGGGAGUCAGGAGGGCUCCACCAAGGAGAGGUGGAAGCCAAAAGCGGCAAGGAGCUGCUUGGUAGUAGCUAUGUGCUAGUGGCCAGCUGUGUGGUCUGCAGGAGUCAGACG